AGAAAGCCAAUCAGUUCGAGCUGAACAAGCUAUAACAGGGAUUAGCUGCCGGGUCAAGUUCGGGAAAAGGUCGGAUUGCGAUAGAGGGAUGGAGUGGACGACGCAGGAUUGAAGGCCCCGCAGGGAGGAACGUCCGUUGGUUGGAAAGAAAAGAAGUUCAUUAAAGAAAGUGGCAAGCUGAGGAACAGGAAGGAGGAGGAGGAGGAAGUGGUGGUGGAGGAGAAGAACAAGAGGAGGAAGGGAGAAGCAGAGACGAGUUGCGUGCGACCAUGGCCCUGGGAAGUCUGUGCCUGCCUGCGAUUUCUCUCAAAUCUUCGCGCUCUGUUUCUGGAUCCGCCGCUAGCGAAUUCUUGUGUGGGCAGCAGGGGUUGCAGUGCCAGUUGCUGCUGCCAGGAGGUCAACUUCAAUUGCGUAAGGCUGGGGUAAGACGAGGAGCAGCGUUGGUCGGUAGGGGCAAGCUCGGGAAGAUCGAGGCAGGAUAUGGUGUAAGAGAUUACGGGAUUCCAUCGUACGGGACCCCACAGCCUCCUUAUCAAUCGUCGAAGAGUCCAGAAGCCCAUCCCGUCCCAGGCAAAGGGGAGGCCACCGGCUCUGCUCCCGGGACUCCGUCUUUCUGGAGCUACGCUGCUCCCAGGGACUAUUCUGCUCCUGGAAACUACGGUGCUCCCCAGUCUUAUGGUGCUCCUUCUGCUUACGGUCCGAAUGGAUCUGCUGGUGCGAAUGUAGCGGUGGUGGAGGUCGAGGCCGCUGAAGUAGCCACUGGAUUGGAAGGUGUUGUGCCUGAGUAUCAGGAUGCCACUGUGAAUGCCGAACUGAACGAAGUCGAGCCGGAGCUCGGAGGAGGAGACGGUGGUGCUGGAAAGGAAGGAGGAGGUGGUGGAGGCGGAGGUGAUCGAGGCAAGGGAGACGGUAAAGGAGACGGAGAGGGAGAAGGUGAAGACGAGAAGGUACCCGAGUCGAAGAUGUCGAUGUCGCAGAAGCUCACUCUGGCUUAUGCUGUCCUCGUUGGCGUGGGUGGUGUAAUUGGAUUUGCAAAGUCCGGCAGCGCGAAAUCUCUUGCGACCGGAGGUGGCGCAGCUUUGGCGUUGUAUUAUGUUUAUUCUCAAUUGCCAAUCAACCCUGUGUUCGCCUCGUCGUUUGGACUUGGAAUUUCGGCUGUUCUUCUAGGAAUAAUGGCUCCUCGCUACAAGAAGUCGGGGAAGUUCAUGCCUGCAGGUCUUGUUGCUUUGUUUUCCCUGAUCAUGACAGGAGGCUACCUGCACGGUAUUGCGAGAUCUCAUUAGAGCUGCAAAUUGUUCGAAUACCAUGUUCUCAAGCUUGGCUUAAGAGAAAUGACGAGGACUUUUUUUCGACCUUAUUCGAUCCCUGUGAUGAAAGGUCUGUAAUAGCUGAACGUCAAGAGCUCAAGCAGCAAAUGUAUGAUCUGGAGCUGUUUAUAUCGUGUCAAAGAAGAUCCUUGUUAUUUUUUUAUCUACGGGAGAGAGAGAAUUAAAUGCACCUCUUUGCAUGCACAUGACAUAGCCUCGUUCUCUAAUUGGGAAUUCCAUCGUAUAUAUCGUCUGGUCAUACAUCUUUAGAAUAAUUUUAAAAUGCAUAUCAGAGAAACUAUCCAGCGUGGUACCGAUGGGAAAAUACGAGGCAUUAAAACUUUCACCGUUUCAAU